AUGAUUGUAGAUUCCUCACCCCUGUGUUCCAAGGAUCAGGAGCUGGAAGCAGAAAAUAAAGUCCAAGAGAAACUGAAAUCCAGUCUGAAGAAGAGGUUUGAGUGCAUAUUUGAAGGGGUUGCUACAUCAGGAAAACAUACCCUCCUCAACAAUAUUUACACAGAGCUCUACAUCGUAGAGGGGGACAGUGAGAGGGUCAAUAAUGAACACGAGGUGUGGCAGAUUGAGACAGCAUCCAGGACACAGACCACACAAGACACUCCAAUCAAGUGCAAUGACAUCUUUAAGCCUUUACCUGGACAAAAGACACCUAUCAGAACUGUGCUGAUGAAGGGGAUUGCUGGCAUUGGAAAAACAGUCUCUGUGCAGAAGUUCAUUCUCGACUGGGCAGAAGGAAAAACCAAUCAGGGUAUUCGUUUCGUGUUUGUUCUUCCUUUUCGGGAGCUGAACUUGAUUAAAGAACAAUACAGUCUGCUUGGGCUUCUGCAUGUCUUCCACCCUGAAACGAGAGGGAUUGAAAACAUCGAGUCUGAUGAUGACAAAGUUUUGUUCAUCUUUGAUGGUCUGGAUGAAAGCAGAUUUCCCUUCAAUUUCCAGCAGAACGAGAUGCUGUCUGAUGUAAGAAAGGCAUCUUCAGUGGAUGUGCUGCUGACAAACCUCAUUAAGGGGAAUCUGCUUCCCUCUGCUCUCCUCUGGAUCACCUCCCGGCCAGCAGCAGCCAAUCAGAUCCCUCCCGAAUACAUCCACCGUGUGACAGAGGUACAAGGUUUCAAUGACUCACAGAAGGAGGAGUACUUCAGGAAGAGAUUCAGUGAGGAGAACAAGGCCAGAAGAAUUAUCUCUCACUUGAAAUCAAGCAGGAGUCUCCACAUCAUGUGUCACCUGCCAGUCUUCUGUUGGAUUUCUGCAACUGUUCUGGAGAGACUGUUGGGUGAAGCUGACUGUGGAGAAAUCCUUAAAACUCUGACUGGAAUGUACACACACUUCCUGCUCAUUCAGUCCAGCAUCAAGAAUCAGAAAUAUCAGGGAAGAGAGGAGACAGAUCCACAAAAGCUUCUGGAGCUGAAUAAAGACAUGAUUCUGAAACUGGGUCAGCUGGCUUUUCAACACCUGGAAAAGAGCAAUCUCAUGUUCUAUGAAGAGGACCUGAGAAAGUGUGGCAUUGAUGUCACUGAAGCAUCAGUGUACUCUGGGGUGUGCACAGAAAUCUUUAAAGAGGAGUCUGUGCUGUAUCAGAAGAAAGUGUACUGCUUUGUGCAUCUGAGCAUCCUGGAGUAUCUGGCUGCUUUUUAUGUGUUUCACUCAUAUGCAAGCAAGAAUGUAAAGGCAUUGAAGUCCAUUUUUGGUAAGAAGCGUAUAUGCAAUAAAUCAUUAUUCUAUGUCUUAUACAAGGCAGCUCCUUGACACUUGGAGAGUAAGAAUGGACACCUGGAUGUUUUCCUGCGAUUCCUUCUUGGCCUCUCACUGGAUUCCAAUCAGAACCUUCUCAAAGGCCUUCUGACAAAGACAGGAAGUAACUCAGAGAGCAUCCAAAAAACAGUCCAGUACAUAAAGAGUUUGGAGAGGGACGAUUCCUCUCCAGAGAGGUGCAUGAAUCUGCUCCACUGUCUGGCUGAACUGAACGAUCAUUCACUUAUGAAGGAGGUCCAAAAGUACCUGAGCUCAGAAAAUGCUUCUGGUGAAAAGAUUUCACCGACACACUGCUCUGCCCUGGCCUAUAUGCUCCUGAUGUCAGAGGAGGUGCUGGAUGAGUUUGCCCUGAGGAAAUACAACACCUCAGACGAGGGGCGCAGGAGACUGGUUCCAGCUGUGAGGUGCUGCAGAAAGGCUCUGUGCACCAACUCCUUUUGCUUCAUGCAGGGCGGGGUCGACUUCUCCUCAAUCCUCCCAGAUUCAGGAGUGAGAGCGCUCUCUGCUGGACUGGAGGAUCCACACUGUAAACUACAGAGACUGGGGCUGUCAGGCUGUCUAGUCACAGAGAGAGGCUGUGCUUCUCUGGCUUCAGCUCUACGUUCAAACCCCUCACACCUGAGAGAGCUGGAUCUGAGCUAUAACCACCCAGGAGACUCAGGAGAGAGAGCGCUCUCUGCUGGAGUGGAGGACCCCAGCUUUAAACUGGAGACACUGCUUGUGGACCAUGGAGGAGAGAUUAGGCUCAAAGCAGGACUGAGGAAAUAUGCCUGCCAGCUCACACUGGACCCCAACACAGCACACAGAGAGCUGUCUCUAUCUGAGGGGGACAGGAAGGUGACACACACACACACAGAGCUGUCUCUAUCUGAGGGGGCCAGGAAGGUGCUGUGCAGAGAGGGCCUGUCUGGGACUCGCUGUUACUGGGAGGCUGAGUGGAGUGGGGGGGCUGAGAUUGCAGUGGCGUAUAAAGGAAUCGGCAGGAAAGGAGGAUGGGGUUCUAACAGUGAGUUUGGAUGCAAUGAUCAGUCCUGGAGGCUGCGCUGCAGAGAUGUCGGGUUCUCUGCUCUGCACAAUAAUAACCGCACUUCCAUACCCGCCCCCUCCUCCCCCUCCCGCUCCAGCAGAGUAGGAAUGUAUCUGGACUGGCCGGCCGGCACUCUGUCCUUCUACAGGGUCUCCUCUGACACUCCGACCCACCUGCACACUUUCCUCACCACAUUCACUCAACCCCUCUAUCCUGGGUUUACACUUUGGCUGUCUCUAUCUGAGGGGGCCAGGAAGGUGACACACACACCGGAGAGAGAGCAGCCAUAUCCUGAUCACCCAGAGAGAUUUGCCUCCGUACCGCAGGUGCUGUGCAGAGAGGGCCUGUCUGGGACUCGCUGUUACUGGGAGGCUGAGUGGAGUGGGGGGGCUGAGAUUGCAGUGGCGUAUAAAGGAAUCGGCAGGAAAGGAGGAUGGGGUUCUAACAGUGAGUUUGGAUGCAAUGAUCAGUCCUGGAGGCUGCGCUGCAGAGAUGUCGGGUUCUCUGCUCUGCACAAUAAUAACCGCACUUCCAUACCCGCCCCCUCCUCCCCCUCCCGCUCCAGCAGAGUAGGAAUGUAUCUGGACUGGCCGGCCGGCACUCUGUCCUUCUACAGGGUCUCCUCUGACACUCCGACCCACCUGCACACUUUCCUCACCACAUUCACUCAACCCCUCUAUCCUGGGUUUACACUUUGGGUUGGCACAGUGUCCCUGUGCAUGCUGGGAUAGAUCCCUGUAUCCUG